UUUCGGCCCUAUUAUUUCAUACGGAGUAGAACACAAAUAUCACUGCUCACUCAAAACUCUGGAAGUCUCGACUCUCGAGUCUCGAUACACCUACCUCCUCACCGAUAAAUUAUCGAACCCAUUGUUGGUUUCCCCUCAUCGUAUAGGCAAUUCACCCCACCGUUCAAAUACAUAAACAUUGUGAAAGCAUCUCGCUUUUGAUUGACAAAUUAUCUCCGUUAGACCGACCUCCCCUUCCUCGUCUCCUCAUCAGAUUGGACGCAGUCUCAAGUAGACCGAUCUAGCGAUCUUUAUGAGUAGCUAAAUGAUAUACAGAACAUAUGAAACUUAGAGGGCCUUGUAUGAUAUUGUAAUUGAUGCGGACAAAUAAAGGCGCACUAUCAACAAAGCUUUUGAACAUAAGUGUAACAUACUUUUGUAAAUCCAAACAACUAGAGAAAGCAGAAGAACUACUAGUUGACGGUAUAAGAGUAGGAGUACAGUUGGACGUGGUAACCUAUAACACUCUAAUCCCAGCAUAUUGUCAAUUUUUUGGAAUUAAUGAAGGGUAUUCAGUUCUUGAAAGAAUGCGAGAAUCCGGGAUUAGACCAGACGUCGUAACAUAUAAUUCUUUGAUAUCUGGGGCUGCUAGACAUACCUCGUUAUCCAGAUGCAUCGAUCUGUUUGAUGAAAUGCUGGGAUCUAAUGUUUUUCCUGACAUUUGGAGUUACAACAUGUUGAUGCAUUGCUAUUUCAAAUCCGGAAAACCAGAUGAGGGCUAUAGAAUAUUUCGGGACAUUCUUUUGAAGGGCUUCCCACCGGAUAAAGCAACAUUUAAUAUCCUAAUGAACGGUCUUUGCACGAAUGGAUAUGCAAAGAAUGCCAUCAAGCUAUUUAGGAACUUAAAACAUAAUGGAUUUAUACCUCAUUUGGUAACAUACAACAUCCUUAUUCAUGGGCUUUGCAAAUCUGGUUGUCACGCAUCUGUCAGAAGGCUUUUGAAAGAGCUGGUGAAAACGGGACAUACUCCCAAUGCUGUUACAUAUACCACAUUAAUGAAGUGUUGUUUCAGUUCAAGACGUUUCGAAGAGGGGCUUUGCGUCCUUGAAGAUAUGAGAAGCAAAGGGUUUGUAUUUGAUUCACACGGUUACUGUAUAGUGAUUAGCUAUUUGCUUACGGCGGGUAGAACAAGGGAAGCUCUUGAAUUUUUGGAGAAUAUGGUUUGUAAUGGGAUUAAGCUUGAUAUGGUGACUUAUAACAAUCUCAUUAAUCUUUAUUGUAAGCACGGGAAAAUAGAAGAUGCAUUCUCUUUGGUUGAAGAUGCAAUAGGAAGAGGGAUGGAGUGUGACAUAUACACACAUACUAUUUUGAUUGAUGGUAUGUGUAAGGCAGGAGAUAUAGAAGGCGCGCUCCAACACUUGGAUUAUAUGGCUAAGAAGAGAAUUGUGCCAAAUUUGGUUGUUUUUAAUUGUUUUAUUAAUGGGUUGUGUAAAGUUGGUCACAUUGACCAUGCAUUGGAUGUAUUUGAAUCUAUGGUUGAGAAGGAUGGUUUUACGUAUUCAUCAAUGGUGAACGGUCUUUGUAAGGUAGGGAGGUUUUGUGAAGCUUCUAAGGUGUUGCUUUCUUGCGUUAGAAGUGGUGAGAAAAUUCUAAAGUCAGACAAAGAAGCAGUUAUUAAUGGUCUGCGUCGUUCUGGCUUAAAUCGUGUAGCGAAAAAUAUGCAAUCAAAAAUCCGGGUGGAAAAGAUACUGAAUUAUGAAUGAGUUGACAUACAUUUGAGAUUUUUGCUCUUUCAAAAACCGUGGACAACUUUUGCAGAUAAGCCAUUAUCACAAAACUUGCGGGAUAUGUUCGAGAAAUGGUAAUAUUUGAGUAUAUUUGAGGUAGGAAUCGAUUCUUCCAGCAAUAGAGAUGAGUUUUGUUUUCUACUCUCUGUCCUAGAAAGAGGAGACCUGUUUGAUCAAGGGGCAACAUAUAAAUUUCUACUAGGUACAACUGAUGUUGGUUUAACUAAAUCAUGUUAGCUUUUUAAUUUUGGCAAGUCAUGAUGUCGUAUUACUCAUAUACUCCGUACAAAAUUUUAAAAUAUAGUAGUUUUUUGACAACAAUAUACAUCAUAUUUAACUUUGUAGCUUUUGUGGGAGUAAUUAGGACUUCUGUUUUGACAAAAAGGCUUAUGAAACAAUGUUUUUUGGAAGAGGGAUUACUUAAUAGCUGUUCAGACAGCGGGUUAAGAAAUUUCAAACAAGUCCGUUCAACCAUGUUUUGUGGGCAUGAGAAGAAAUUGAAUAAUGGGAGUGGGGACUACAUUAAAAGAUGUCUGCAAAUUGAACUAGACGAAAGGAACAUCUCUUGGCAAAAAGUGUCGGUUCCACAGCUCCUAGAGUCCUAGUUAUCAUGAUGAAUUGCUAACGAUUGAACUCAUGGGAAAGGUAUUUUUACUCUUAUAUAACUCCUUAUGGUGUUUUGAUAUCCUUUGGAAGUCUUACGAAAUGAUACACGUUUAGUUUUACCUUUGCCAUUAUCAACAAAAUGGGAGUACAAAAUAUCCAGGGGUCCCAAUAUGCAUUUUGGCUGGCUGCCAAUAUUACUUUCUGACCAAGGAGGAGAAAGAGAAAGUUACCAUUUGGGCAUGUAGCUGAGCUACCAAAUUGGGGCACCCUCGACAAAACAAGUGAAAUACCAGUUUGGAAAUCCUUAUUAAUUAUUACUACGUAUGUUAAAGCGACUCCAAAAAGCAACAAAUGCACAUUGAAGGGAAAGAAUUCUGAGGAGUAUUUUUUGCCACCCCGAAUUUUAUUGUAGGCCAGUUGGUCGAUUUGUUUGAUUAAUUUACUAUGGAGAUGUAUCAUAAAAGAUCGAUAACGUUUAGGCUAGGAUUAAAUACGUUUUUGUCCUUAAAUUCUUGUAAACAUAUUUUUUUGUUUUUCAUCCAUGUAAUAUGUACUAUUUUGUUUUUAGUCCAUCUCUUACUUCAAAAUCACUCUAUUUAAAAACAAAUUAUUGUGAGUUGCAUAAAUCUAUUUAAAACAAAUUAAUGUAAAAU